AUGACGACUCUUCCGCCUCAGGUCGCCGUGGUCGACUUCCACCAUGCUCGGGGGCCUGAAGUCGAGUUCUGGGUUGAUGAACAAGGAGAAGAACUUUACAAGCGUAACGACUGGUCUCUCUUACCCUUUAUGGCCCUUUCAGACGGCGCCCACACGAUGACCGAGGAGUUCACCUACUUUACGCUUCUGAAUCGAGGUGACGGAACCGAAACCCAGCCCAGCACCAGCCUAUUCGGCAUCUCGUGCACCAGGCAGAUUAGGGCCGAGAACCUGAAACGUCGCUCUGCGGAUGUUACUCGUUCUACGGUCCAGAAGGCUGUUGUUGUCGUUUCCUCCACGGCUAGGGGCAUGGGCGAGUUGAGGGAGAGACUCGGUGCCGUCACGGCCGCAUGGUUUGCGCAGGCAGAUUUCACUGAUACGACGAUCUUGAAGGAAUUUCAAGAGAGCCUUGCCAGAUCCCCUGCUGCGCAUGAGGAUGGGAAAGAUCAUUAUUUCGGUCUCUCGUUGCGAGAAAUGAUUUACGAGUUCAGAUAUCAGACCUUGGUUCUGGUGAAAUGUCUUUUGCUGGAGCGAAAGAUGCUCUUCUUCGGUUCUAAAUGCGAAAGACUCUGCAUGAUGCAAUUCGCCCUCAUUUCCCUCAUUCCGGGUCUAAUCAGGAACCUGCAAGAUUCCGCGGAUCCGAGUCUGGAUUCUUAUGCUCAGAAUGCCCCAAAAGUAUCUUCUCUAAAGACAAGUGACAGAGCUUCCUUGCUGACAUAUAUGGGACUGCCUCUGCAAAUCUUCGGCAAGGGCUCGCUCUUCGGCCCAUAUACACCACUCCAACAGCUCGACAUCCUUGCGGACUAUGACACAAAAUCUUACGUUGUCGGCUCAACGAACAGUCUUCUCCUCCAGCAGAAGGAACGAUACAGUGACAUUCUGAUCAACCUCGACGAAUCCAAUAGUGUUACGAUCACCUCACCGUCGCUGCGAACCGCCCUCGCCUUCUCCGCCGCAGACAGAAGAUGGAUCGACUUUCUGACCCAAACCGUUCUCGACACGUGGGACCCCGAGAACCCAGACAGACCCAAGAACAUGGGCUACACUGGCUCCGAAGACGCAAUCCGCCUCCAAUUUGAAGAAUACAUCCUCUCGUUGCUCAGUUCCGUGGCAUACCAAGUGUACCACGAAUCUCUCGGUGAGGGAGGAGUUCCCCUUUCCGUCGCGAAGACAGAAAUGUACCCCGACCCAGGCGAGACAGCGACAGAUUUCAACCCAGAGUUCCUGUUUAUGUGGCGUGGAACGCACAAUUUUGCCCUCUUUAAUCGUCUCACGUCAGGAAACCGGAUCUUCGACAUCAUCGAGCCCCGACACCCCACGGGAGGCGGACUGAGCGUGGAAGACGUCCAGCGUCGAUUCCAGCAGAGUGUUGCGGACCUGCAUCUCGACGAACGCGUGCGUGAAGGGAGAGAACAGCUGGGCAAAACGAUCGCGUCGGGCCGCGAACGUGUCGAGGCUGGCAUGGCCAGGUUCUGGGCCGAAGUGGAAAAGGCGCGCGAGCAGAGAAGCGCGAAGCGACGGAGUCGAAGUGCUAGUCGUGCGAGACCAAGUGCCGAGGAUGCGGAUCCUGCUUUGUCUCAAUCAUCCACAUCUGCUCCGCUAUCUACCUCGACUUCGGCAUCAGUGUCUGAAUCAACUUCCGCCACUGCGGCACCAGCAUCCCCCACCACCAUGACAUCAGGAGGAUGGGCUAAUGCCUGGCGUGAACGCGUCUCGCGUGUGCCGAUGCAGAGGCCGGCCGUCGACACGGCGCAAUUGCAGGCGUCGGCGCGAGAAAAUGCGGCCAGGGCCAGUGCCUAUCUGAGUAGUUGGGGCACUUGGGCCAGAGAGCGCGUGCAGCAGGGGAGAGGAAACGCAGGUGUCCAAUCACAUUUGCAAACGGCGGCUACAGGGAAAGUAGAAGCGGCACAAUCGUCGGGCACCACAGGAACAGAGAAGAGACCGGGAUCAGGAUCAGGUAUCGGAACGGGUUCAGACUCAUAA